AUGUCCGGUAGUGAUCGCAUGCGGCAGGGCUUGCCACCGCCAACACAGUUCUUUCAAGAAGAAGAGCCGAGUGAUGAAGACGAGCAAGAUGAGGAAUAUAAUCAGCCGUUAGCGCUGUUCCGCCGUUCGAGACAGCCAACUUCAUCGGCAGCAGUAGGUCAGGCACAGGCCGGAGGACGUGCUCCUAUUCCAACUUCUUCGUUUUACGGGACCCAACAUCAGCCCACGGUAAAUUUUGGCAAUUGUAAUUGGAAUUGA